UCUCCCUGACACAGGUUAGUUCACAGAAGGCCCUGCUACACCAUGCAAGCUCUUCCUGGUACACUGAGAGACAGACACAGUGAUUUAAUCAGACUGUGACUUUAACAGAGAGAGUGCAGAAGGUGACGCCAUCUCCCAAAACCUUUGAACUGGCCACGAUGGAGUCCACCAGAAGCCCCACCACCACCCCUGGGGUGGAGACCCGUCCAAAGUCACUGGUCACUGCUGACAUAGUGGUGCUCGUUGGUUACUUCCUGCUGGUGCUGGCUGUGGGAUUGUGGUCCAUGUGGAGAACUAAACGAGGCACCGUUGAUGGGUAUUUCCUCGCAGGCAAAAGCAUGACAUGGUGGCCGGUAGGAGCCUCCCUGUUUGCCAGUAAUGUGGGCAGUGGCCACUUCAUUGGCCUGGCAGGCUCUGGGGCCGCCGCUGGCAUUGGGGCCGUGGCCUAUGAGUGGAAUGGCAUGCUGAUGGUGCUGCUACUGGGUUGGCUCUUCCUGCCCAUCUAUGUCGCCUCGGGGGUUACCACCAUGCCUGAAUACCUACAGAGGAGAUUUGGGGGCAGGAGAAUCCAGUUAUUUAUUGCUGUUUUGUACUUAUUCAUUUAUAUCUUCACAAAAAUAUCGGUGGACAUGUAUGCAGGAGCAGUGUUCAUCCAGCUGGCCCUGCAGUGGAACAUCUACCUGGCAGUGGUGGUGCUUCUCAGUAUCACAGCUCUUUACACAGUGGCAGGUGGCCUUGCAGCAGUGAUCUACACAGACGCUCUACAGACUGUCAUCAUGCUGGUCGGAGCCAUGAUACUUAUGGGCUUCAGUUUCACAGAGGUGGGUGGUUGGCAGGCCCUCCUGGACGGUUACAGCUCCGCCAUCCCCUCCAUCAGGGAGCCCAACACCACCUGCGGCAUCCCCCGGGAGGACGCCUUCCACCUGUUCCGCCACCCCGUCAACUCCGACCUCCCGUGGCCGGGCGUCCUGCUGGGCAUGUCCAUCCCGUCCAUCUGGUACUGGUGCACUGAUCAGGUCAUAGUGCAGCGCUCCCUGGCUGCUAAGAACCUGAUCCAUGCUAAAGGUGGCUCUCUGCUGGCUGCCUACCUGAAGGUUUUUCCCUUCUUCAUGAUGGUCCUGCCAGGCAUGAUCAGCAGGAUACUCUACCCUGAUGAGGUGGGGUGUGCAGAUCCAGACGUGUGUAAGGAGGUGUGUGGAAACCCAGUGGGCUGCUCAGACAUUGCCUACGCCAAGCUAGUGAUGGAGCUGCUUCCCGAUGGUCUAAGAGGGCUGAUGAUGGCGGUCAUGCUUGCCGCGCUCAUGUCCUCCUUGACCUCCAUCUUCAACAGCUCCAGCACCAUCUUCACCCUGGACCUCUGGAGGAACAUCCGCAAACAGGCGUCCGAAUGGGAGCUGAUGAUUGUGGGCAGAGUGUUUGUGCUGGUGCUGGUGUGUGUGUCUGUGCUGUGGAUUCCCCUGGUCCAGGCCAGUCAGGGCGGUCAGCUCUUCAUCUACAUCCAGUCCAUCAGCAUCUACCUGCAGCCCCCCGUCUCUGUGGUCUUCAUGGCUGGAUGCUUCUGGAAGAGGACCAAUGAGAAGGGUGCAUUCUGGGGCCUGCUUCUGGGCCUGAUUAUUGGCUGUGUGCGAAUGAUUCUGGACUUCGUCUACCCCAUGCCACUGUGCGAUGAGGAGGACACGCGGCCGCCGGUGCUUAAAUACGUCCACUACCUGUACUUCAGCAUUAUCCUGUCGGCCAUAACCGUGGCCAUUGUGGUGUGUGUGAGUCUGGCCACUAAGGAGCCACUGCCAGAGCAGAUCAGCGGCCUGACGUGGUUCAGCAGGUUUGAGACGGUGGUGAGGAGUGAGAAGUCCACACACACAGUCACAGAGGCCAGGGAGGACAGCCCAGAGAACCAUGCAAAUGAGACGAGCAGUAAUGGAGCGGGUCAUGAUCAGAGACACGGCUCCGUGUCCACCCAGGCCAGUGUGUCUGCUGGCUCCCGUCUGAAGAGAGCCUGCCUGUGGAUCUGUGGUCUGGACAAGCCCUCAGAGGGGACAGGUGCACCCGCGCCCCCACCCCCCGACGCCACCAUCAACUCCCUGGAGGAGGACCGCUGCAUGAGGGGGGUGGUGGACGCCAACCUCAUCGUGUGCCUGUCCGUCGCCGUCUUCCUCAUCGCCUACUGGGCCUGAUGGUCUGACAGUUUGCUAACGGCUGAAACCACACCACGAGUUGACAUCAAGUUUGGUUGACAUGACGAAGCAGUGUGUUCAGCUGAAACAUCUGGAAACGGUUCUGUACCUGAUGUGCUUUCUGUCAGGAUACCAAAGGUGUUUUGUAGUAAUCUUUAUGAUCAUGAUUCUCCUUGGCUCCUUGAAAGAAGUGCAGUGUUGUGAAACGUUUCAUCAGUGCAGAUGAAAUGAAAACACAGUGUGGGUGGCACAGACCAAAUCUCUCUAUAACAACAUAACAAACAUGGAAAUGAAAUAACUAAAUAUGCAUAAAUAUUGACUGUGACAGUGUCAGUGAAAAUGUGAGUAUGAACUUUGCAAUGUGCUAAAAGAGGACUGACCCAAGAAGGCUUUAUUACAUGGCAAUCACUAUGUACAGUACAUAUAAAAUCAACACCAUUGUUAAA